GUGACCGUACAGGUAGCGUGUGCAUUUUACUUGUUGAUAAAAGUUUGACGCGACAGUUUUCAAAAUUUUCUUUAAAUUCGAGGAAGCUAAUGUAAAUUGAUAAUUACGAUCAUGGCGGUACGUGUACAGUUUGAGAAUAACAACGAAGUUGGAGUAUUUUCCAAGUUAACGAAUUCUUAUUGCCUCGUAGCAAUCGGCGGUUCCGAGAAUUUUUACAGUGUAUUUGAGGCAGAAUUAGCCGAAACUAUUCCUGUUGUUCACGCGUCAGUAGCUGGAUGUCGUAUCAUAGGACGAUUAUGUGUCGGAAACAAAAAUGGGCUCCUGGUGCCAAACACAACAACAGACACGGAGUUGCAGCAUAUACGAAAUUCAUUACCAGAUAAUGUUAAAGUUCAAAGAGUAGAAGAAAGACUGUCUGCUCUUGGCAAUGUUAUCGCGUGCAAUGAUUAUGUGGCUUUAGUACAUCCUGAUCUUGAUAGGGAAACAGAAGAAAUUUUGGCAGAUACCUUGAAUGUAGAAGUGUUUAGACAAACUGUAGCAAGCAAUGUUCUAGUAGGUUCAUAUUCAGUGUUAUCGAAUCAAGGUGGUCUUGUGCAUCCAAAAACAUCUAUACAGGACCAAGAUGAAUUAUCAUCUUUAUUGCAAGUGCCACUUGCUGCAGGAACAGUAAAUAGAGGCAGCGAUGUUAUAGCUGCAGGAAUGGUUGUAAAUGAUUGGGCAUCUUUUUGUGGUAUGGAUACAACCUCGACAGAACUUUCAGUUAUCGAAAGUGUUUUUAAACUUAAUGAAGCUGCUCCAGCUGCUAUCACAUCAACCAUGCGUGCAUCCCUUAUAGAAAGUAUGUCAUAAAUUAAUUUAAUCUCUCUAAGAGAGCACAGACAGUUUGCUGGAUGGUAGAGUGUACUAUGGACAUGUACAUAAAUUCAGUAUUUAUGUUAACGUAAUUACAUGAGAGGAUGCUAUUGGGAUUGUACUUUGAACAACAUACCUGCAGCUCACACAUUUUCUUUGUAAUUCCAAUAGAAUACUUUUAAAAGUAUAAGCGAUACAACAUUCUAUACCGAAAUUUAUACAAAAUGCAUUAUUUAGUUUUAUCUGAAAUCUCCAAAACAAUUUUAAAAUGUUCUAAAAGAAAAAGUACUUUAGACCAAAAUUCUUAAGAAUUCUGUGCAGUUAAAAAUGAGAAGUAAAUACUUACCUCUUGUUAUACCUAAGAAUAAUUAAAUGA